UUUGAAAUAAAAAAUGGGAAAGCAAGACAAUCAAAAUAAUCCAAUUCCUUCGGCUCCACCAAGUGAAGCACCACCAUAUCCUCAGGUCCAACGUGAAAAUCAAUUGCCUUUGCAAACGGGUGCCAAUGGACGUGAGACUAAUCCAGACCCUCCACCUUACCAGGAGACUUUUAAUUAUCCACAAGUUCCGCCAUACCCCGUUUAUGCACCGACUACAACAAUGCCAACUUCAGUACAACCUCCUAUGCCUAUGCCGACUCAGCCACCUCCACAUUAUGUUUAUCCGCCAGCUCCGGCUCCUCAAAUUAUUUAUAAUGUCAAUCCACAACCUCCACCGCAACCUACCACAAAUACUCAUACAUCAACUAAUGUUACUGUUGUUACUGCGACUGGACCUUUGCGAGUUGAUCCGUGUCCAGCUUGUAUGGGCUCUUUUGUCAACUAUACUGAUUGUUGUUAUCUGACCAUCCUCAUCAUUAUUGCAAUUUGCACACUUCCAUUUGGACUUCUUUUGGUGCCUUUCUUUUUCUGUGCUUGCCGCAAACGCUGUAAUGGUUGUGGACGUCCUAAAUAA